UAUAGAUGAGCUCCAAUCUCUCUUCCUCGUAUCAUCAUUUAGCACAUCUCUAGAUCUCAAAAUUCUUUCAUUUUCUGGUUAUAGUCGUUCGCCAAUUCAUCCGAUCCAAGAUGCAGAUCUUUGUGAAAACCCUAACUGGUAAGACAAUCACCCUCGAAGUUGAGAGCUCAGACACCAUCGACAACGUCAAGGCAAAGAUCCAAGACAAGGAGGGGAUCCCCCCAGACCAGCAGAGGUUGAUAUUUGCCGGCAAGCAGCUUGAGGAUGGCCGAACUCUUGCAGAUUACAACAUCCAAAAGGAGUCCACCCUCCACCUGGUGCUACGCCUCCGUGGUGGUAUGCAGAUCUUUGUUAAAACCCUCACGGGCAAGACCAUCACCCUCGAAGUUGAGAGCUCUGACACCAUUGACAAUGUCAAGGCAAAGAUCCAAGAUAAGGAGGGGAUCCCUCCAGACCAGCAGAGGUUGAUCUUUGCUGGCAAGCAGCUCGAGGAUGGCCGCACUCUUGCUGAUUAUAACAUCCAAAAGGAGUCCACCCUUCACUUGGUCCUCCGCCUCCGUGGUGGCAUGCAAAUCUUUGUUAAGACCUUGACUGGAAAGACUAUCACCCUUGAGGUCGAGAGCUCAGACACCAUAGACAAUGUCAAGGCGAAGAUCCAAGACAAGGAGGGCAUCCCCCCAGAUCAGCAGAGGUUGAUCUUUGCUGGCAAGCAGCUCGAGGACGGGCGAACACUUGCUGAUUACAACAUUCAAAAGGAGAGCACUCUUCACUUGGUACUCAGGCUGAGGGGUGGAAUGCAAAUCUUUGUGAAGACUCUGACUGGGAAGACGAUCACGUUGGAGGUGGAGAGUUCGGACACGAUUGACAAUGUGAAAGCAAAGAUCCAGGACAAGGAGGGCAUCCCACCAGACCAGCAGAGGCUCAUCUUUGCAGGAAAGCAGCUUGAGGAUGGUCGCACAUUGGCGGACUACAAUAUUCAGAAGGAGUCCACCCUGCAUCUGGUGCUGAGGUUGCGUGGAGGGAUGCAGAUCUUUGUGAAGACUCUGACGGGGAAGACCAUCACGCUGGAGGUGGAGAGUUCGGACACGAUUGACAACGUGAAAGCAAAGAUCCAGGACAAGGAGGGCAUCCCGCCGGACCAGCAGAGGCUGAUCUUUGCUGGGAAGCAGCUGGAAGAUGGAAGGACUCUUGCAGACUAUAACAUACAGAAGGAGUCCACCCUUCACCUUGUCCUGCGCCUUCGUGGUGGUUUCUAAAAUGGUGGCUUUGCCUUGGUCUGAUUUGUCUGCUUUUGGUUUUAAUGUUGGGAGUUUCAGUUUCUAAAAUGGUGGCUUUUACCUCUGUGAUUUGUUUACUUUUGGAUUAUAAUGUUGGGUUUCAGUGAAUGCUAUAUGCCUAUCUGUCUUCUUUGCAA